GUGUGAUCUGACCAAGGCAGAAUAGAGCAGGACUAUUCCUUCCCUUGAUCUGGACACUAGACUUCUAUUGAUGCAGCCUAGAAGAGCAUCGCUGAUGAAUUUAUUUUAGAAUGCCAUUGUUUGCUGCCUGGAACUGCAGGAAAGGUUGCUCAUGGCCUACAUCUAGUUCGCAUUUAGGUCAGACAAGCAGUCUGAAGUCCUGACCUUGCCUCUUGGAUGUGACUGAUCCCGACGCUAAGAAAACAAACCUGACCCUGUGUGUGCCAGCGAUCCUCCCCCAAGAUUCUUGGCCUCAUGUCCAGCCAGCUGGACUUGAGUGACAGGCAGCUCUGCCUUUGGACAGCGCAUUCCAGGGACAGCUAAUGAGACCCUCUUGGCACAGGCAGACGGCUGAGUACAGCAUGUCCCUUGCCCAGAGGUGGCUGAGCUGUCGUUUUCCCUUCCUGCCAUGCGGAGAACGUGGGACGCUUUUCUCCAGUGGAUGGUCCCAGCCAGUGGCAUAAAGAGGAGAAGGAUGGGAGAUAGCAAGAGGCAGGCAAGGUCCAAGGGCGACCCAGACCUCUAAGGAGUUGUGGGGGGAGAAGGACCUGGUGUUCCCUGCACCCUUGUGAAAGGAGAGUCUCCUGUGUCCUCUCCCGUCUUCCAGCAUCUUAGAAGGAGGACCUGUUCUCAGCAUAAGCUACCCUUUGGCCAAGGAGUUUCUCUCCUCUGUUGAUAGAGGAGCAGAGGCCAAUGUUGACCGAAGAAUCGGCUUGGAUUGGAUACCCUUGAGCCAAAUAUCUCAUGCUUCGCCUGCACCCUUUUGCACUUCUCCCAAGAAGCCCUGGGGGGAGGAAGUUUUUGCCUGGGUUCCUGCCGAUCUCGCUGAUGGGAAGAUGCAAGACGGGAAGAAAACAGCAAGCACCAAAGGGAACAGGGCACCGUCCGGUGAAGCGGCUGCUCAGCACCCUCUAGAUCCACUGAGACGCUUUGUGGUGUUCUUGGAAAAUUUUGCACCUUUUGUGAAUUCUCUGAACCUUGGCAUUGCCAGCCCACUUCUGUUGGGCCCUCCUCCUCCUCCUCCUUUGCAGCUUGCUCAGAUUAAGACACAGUUGGCUUUUCACCAGUUGAACUCGGUAGCUUCAACCCAUUCUAUAGCAUCUUAUGCUUUGUUAAAUGAAGCAUUUCUGAAAAUUGCCAUGUUUAACCCUAGAGGAAACAUGCCUCCAAGGCCGAGGGGGCCUAAUGCACCUGGUCCAAUGCCGCGUGGCCCUUUUCUGGGGCCAGGACCGGGACCUGGACCGGAUGGUCUUCAAAGGCAACACCCGCCUGCUCCUCCCAGAAUGCCUCAAAGGGUCAUGGGACCAGAAAUGAGGGCAAGAUUCCCAAGGCCAAAUGUUCAGGUCACGCAACAUGGAAUGGAUCCUAGACAAGAGCGGCACCAGAGGGAAGAGGGAUGUGCUACUCACUGGGACAAUCCAUUUCCGCCUGUAAAUAGUGGCCAGAUCACUUCAGGAAAGUUUGCACAACAAGCCACACGUAUCCAGAACCGUUAUACAACCGAGAGUGCUUCCAGCAUCUUAGCAAGCUUUGGCUUAUCUAAUGAAGACUUGGAGGAACUUAGUCGGUAUCCGGAUGAUCAGCUGACACCAGAAAACAUGCCUUUAAUUUUGAGGGACAUCCGAAUGCGCAAAGUGACUCAUCAAUUACCAAGUUUACCUUCUGAGAGCAGAGAAAAGGAAAUGUUUCACAGUGACGAUGGUCAUGGUACCAUGAUGAAGAGCAAGGUAAUUGAUUAUGGGCAUGAAAGCAAGUAUGAAUAUCCUGAAACUCCUCUUGAUGUCAAAGUCUACAAUUCUGAUGCAUCAACUGAGGGGAACAUGAAAGGAUUUCCAGCACAGCAGACGACUCUCGUGUCUUCGGCGCCCUCUGGUGUAACCAGUAGUCAAAUGAAUGCGGUAGAAGAGCUUAUACGAAAGAUGGGAUUCCAGAGAAGCACAUCAAGUACGCAGUCCUUUUUCCCCAUGGAUGCUCCCAACAAGGGGCCAGGGCUAGGCCUCCCUCCAGCAGGAGCCGGGAUGCCUCCAGCAGCACCGCCCAUGAUGCCUCCCGUGGUACCAUCCAUGUCUGGGAUGCCAGCAUUGCCUGGGAUGCCUCCUGUUGCCCCGCAGACUUUGCCUCCGCCAACUGUUCCUCAGCCCAUGAUGCCGCCUGUGAACCAACCACCUCCAACUAUGAACCAGCCGCCACCUCCUUUUGCACCUGAGAUGCAUGAUAGGAUUCAUCAUGAAUCCAGGGCUCAUCCUUCUGAUGUUCCACCUGGACCUGCCAGUGGCCAGAAAAAAAUCCAUGAGAAACCUCAGCAUCCUAUUGAGUCUGCUUUUGGCGCGGUGAAAGCCUCUUGGUUUCCAGUUUUUUCACAGGCAGAUGCCCAGAAGCUGAAGAGAUUGCCAACUCCGUCGAUGAUGAACGAUUACUAUGCUGCAUCUCCAAGAAUAUUUCCACAUGUGUGUUCUCUGUGUAAUGUAGAAUGUAGACAUUUGAAGGACUGGAUUCAGCAUCAGAAUUCUACUGCCCACCUUGAGAACUGUCGUCAACUAUGCCAACAAUUUCCUGACUGGAAUCCAGAAGCCCAUUCUGGAUCAUCAAAAAGGUAAUUUUGCAAAUACGACUACUUCCCAUAAUACUGAUAAGGUGCAGUAAU